AUGCAGACGCUCCGUCAGCUGGAGGCGGAGCUGGGGACGACGAUUUAUCCUGGGACGGAGAUCAUGGCUGAUGUCGGCUCGCAUCAUUUCGUGAAAUCAUCGUCCAAUUCCGAUCGCGUGCUGGUGCCCCAGCCGUCGCAAGAUCCCCAUGAUCCUCUAAAUUGGAACCGAUUCUGGAAAAUGAGCGCAAUGGCGAUCGCCACGGCCACCUCGUUCAUGCAGGGAAUGGGCCCGUUGGCCCUGGCGCCCAUGUUUCCUCAGCUGAUGGAAUCCUUUAAUUCAGACCUCGCCGGGGUGGUGCAAUUCACGGGAGUCUGUAUCCUAGUGCUGGGAUUCAGCAAUUUCUUCUGGGUCCCCAUCCAGACGGCUUACGGCCGACGAACCGUCCUGAUUUUUUCCACAUUGAUAUGUCUCGUCAGUAACGUUUGGAGAGCAGUCGCACCCACCUAUGGGAGCUACAUGGGCGCCUGUGUUCUCAACGGCUUCGGUGCUGGCCCUGCCGAGACGGCACAACCGGAGAUUAUUGCGGACAUCAUGUUCCUGCACGAGCGCGGGGCCUACAACACUCUCUACUUUACAUUUUACUUCGGAUCGCUCAUGGUCGGGCCGAUCAUCUCUGGCCCUAUGGCCGAACACGUUGGCUGGCGUAGUUUCUUCUGGCUGAAUGUCGGCCUUUUUGGUGUCCUUCUCCUUUUCCAGAUCUUCCUCUUCCCCGAAACAAAGUGGCACCGCGUUCACCCCAGUGAGGUUGCCCGUGAGGAGAAUGCUUCGGCCCCGGCUGCGAGCGAGUCUGAACCAGAGAAGCUAGUCGAAGAUAGCAAGCGGGAGAAUACUAACGUGGAGGAUGCCACAGAGCGAGACCCAUGGCUGGGCCGGGGACGGCCAUCAAAGAAGCAGUUCAAGAUGUGGCAGUUGGAUGGCAAUAAUAUCAAGACCACGUUCAUCAGCUUCUGGAUCCCGUGGAAGCUGUUGUCUUUCCCGAUUGUCGAGCUGGCUGCUUUCAUCGUGUCGUGGUCGGCCAGCUGCUUCCUGACUCUGAACCUGACGCAAAGUCAAGCCUUCGCAGAACCUCCAUACAACUUCAACAGCCAAACAAUCGGGUUUUUCAACUUUGCCAUCCUUAUUGGUGCCCUCAUCGGCUUGGCCACAAAUGGCCCCUUCUCCGACUGGAUCUCGAUGAAAGCCACGAAGAAGAACGGCGGCAUUCGUGAACCGGAGAUGCGAUUGCCGGCCAUGAUUCCGUAUGUGAUUAUCUCCAUCAUUGGGAAUUUCGUUGUCGCGUUUGGAUACCAGUAUAAAUGGGACUGGCGAGCAAUUGUAAUCGUCGGUUAUACCGCGGCGGGCAUUCAGGUCGCAGCGCUCCCUGCCAUUUCCAGCACUUAUGCAGUGGACAGCUACAAGCCGGUGGCCGGCUCGGUUUUCGUGGCCAUCACCGUCAACAAGAACGUCUGGGGAUACGGCUUCAGCAAAUUCAUCACUCCGUGGGUGGUAGAGAGUGGAUUCGUCAAGCCGAUCAUGAUGAACAUGAGUUUGGCGGCGCUAUGGUGUUUCUGCGCCAUCCCCUUUUACUUUUGGGGCAAGAAGCUCCGGGGCUUGACCGCCAAGUCUUCUGUACAUAAGAUGUAA